AGGGAGAGGCGGGCUAAGCUGGCGGCCGGCAGCUGCCUCCGCCCCGGCACCCGAGGCCCGCCCUCCUCCCGCAGUUGGGGGCAGGGCUGAGGCCGUCGUGGGGGAGCGUGGUGAGGGACUGAAUAGUGUCUCUCCGCAUAGGUGAGCCCGAUGUCGAUUCGCCGGCUGGCCGAGGGGAGCGUGGCGGUCCCUAAGUGAUGCUGAAGAGCCGGCCCCGUGCCGGUAGUCACCCCGAAGCCGGCAGUCACCCCGAAGCCGGCGAGGCCCCGUGCGUGAGCGGGGUGGGAGACAUGGACUCGGCAGAGCCCGCGGGCCCCGCGGCUGGACACCUCUCGGCGGAUCGGCCCGCGGUUAGCCGCCUUGGCGGGGAGGAGGAGCCGGACAAGGAGGGAGACGAGGAGGGAGGGAAAAGCGGCGGCUGUUCCUGGGAGCAGGCCCUGAAUCCCGAGCUGCAGCAGGGAUACCGCAUCUUGCGUGAGUUUCUCCUGGAGAAGUACCGGCCUCUGACAGCACCGUUUUUGAAGCCCCUUGAGGAUCAGGCAUCCUUCAGGGAAGGAGCUGGCUCCCUCUCGGGUCGUAAGAGCAUUCACUCCUUUCAGCAGUCGCCAGCUGGAAUGUGGUUGUUAAAGAUGGAAGAAAAAUUUUCCAGUGGGCAGUACACGGGGAUAGCGGACUUCGUGGGUGACUUCCGGCUAAUGCUGGAGACUUGUUACCGACUGAAUGGUGUAGAUCACUGGCUUUCCAAACAGGCCCAGAAGCUAGAGAUGAUGCUGGAGCAGAAGCUGGCGCUGCUGUCCCGGCAUUUGAGAGAGAAAACUUCAAUAGCUGUAACAUCUAGAGGAUGUUAUGGGCUGGAAGAUGAGAAAGGAGCAGCAUGCAUUUCAACAAGACGUCGUUCCAUGCCUCGCAGUGUAGUAGGCUUGUCAACAGGCAUGUUUGAAUCUGUGAUGGUUCAGGUUCUAAGACAAGAAGAACACCUGAGAGCAAAAGAGGAAAAGAGGCUGAGAGAGCAAGAAAGAAAAGAAGCAGAAGAAGCUAGUCAGAAAGAAAUAGAAGAAUGGGAACAGUCACUUUUAGCUCAAGCAGCACCUACAAGGAUGGAGACAAUGUGGGAAAUUCCAGCUAUUGGUCAUUUUCUUUGUUUAGCACAACAGAUUUUAAAUUUACCGGAAAUAGUAUUCUAUGAAUUGGAACGUUGUCUUCUGAUGCCUCAGUGUAAUGCUUUUUUGUCUAAAAUAAUGACUUCUUUGUUAAGUCCUCCUCAUCGCAGAUCUACGUUACAUCGUAGGCCUACACUUUCUUACAGGACUUGGGAAGCAGCACUCAGACAGAAAGUACGACACUGGUAUACUGUUGUAGGGCAGACUGACAAUCCUAACAGCUCUGCAGAAAAACUUGGAUUGUGUCCCCAAUUUUUCAAAGUCCUUGGAGAGGUUAAUCCCUUGGAAUCAAAACCAUUUCAUGAGCUACCAUUCUACCAAAAAGUGUGGCUGCUAAAAGGUCUCUGUGAUUUUGUGUAUGAAACACAGAAGGAUGUUCAGGAUGCAGUGCUAGGUCAGCCUAUACAUGAAUGCAGAGAAGUAAUUCUUGGUUAUGACUACUUGGAGAAUGCAUACGUUCAUUUUCCACAGUUCUGUGGUGCAGAUGUUCGGAUUUACAAACAAAAGCCUUUUCAGGCUCCUGAAUUCCCAUCUCCUCCCAUCAAAGUUAGAAAAGUGUCACGUAUUAAAUUGGAAAAAGUAAAACGUGAAUAUGUGAGGAAGAGCAAUGGGGAGGUUAGUUCUGGUGGCAAAGAAGAGCUGCUACAUCAUUCCAAGGCAGAAGCAGAGAAGACUAUGGAUUCCAUAGUUAGCUGUCCAGAAAAAAACCCACACUUAGAUAGCUUUAGAGUCACUACAGAGGAGAUUAACUGUGACAUCAAGCCCUCAGGAUUCUGCGACAUCAAAAAAACUGGUUGCUAUAAAGAGAACUUGGGGAGUUUGAGUAGUUCAGGAGAGACUGUUGGUAUGGGUGGUCACCUUAGUUCAGGAGAAAUAAAGACUGUGGAGAAUGGCCAUAGUUUUUCUGAAAUGGCUAGAAUAAAAGCUGAGAUCAGUCCAUUCAAGGAGAACACACUGAAAGCUUGCCAAAUGCAUGUCAAUGGCACUCAUAAUGACAACGUAAAUUACCAGGAAUCUGCUAAAGAAACAAUGCUAGAGAAGUCACUGCGAAAUAAUGAGAAACUAAACAAGUUGCGGGCAAAAAAGAAGAAAAAGAAAAAAAAGAAGUUGAAGGAUAUUCUAAACGAAAAUCUACAGAGAAAACUUGAUGACUUGCAAAAAAAACGUGAGAUUCAUCUUCAUCCAUUCAAAUCUUACAAAACUGAGAUCCAGAACAAGUUGUUCAUAAUUAAAAAGAAAGCAAAACACAAGAAGCACAAAUCUGGGAAAAAAUCGGUAUCUAAAAAAGCAAUCACAAAGAAGAGGAAAGGUGUCACAAAGUCUACCAUACCAGAAUUUCAGCUUAUUUGCACUAAUCUUGAUGAACUCAGGGAAUUAAUCACAAAGAUUGAGAAUGAACUCAGAGAUCUGGAGGACAUUAAAAAGAAAUCGGUGUCUGAUGUCCAAAGCAGCUGCAGAUCAUCAACUCCCUCUCUGUGUGACAUCACUAGAAAAUGCUAGGCUGGUGAUGUCACACAUACCACAGAAACCCACUGCAGAAUGGAGCAGGCAUAUUAAGGGUAAGGUAAGUUUUCUCCCUCCACCGCCACCCCUUUUCAACAAUAUUGCAUGGUUUUAUAAGAUUUCUGAUUUAUUUUAUGUCCCUGGGAUAUAAGGUAAAGAUUAAAGAAAAUCUUAUAAAACUGCAUAAUAUUGUGGUUGUGUGUGCUUAUUUAAAACAAAAAACUACCCUAUAAAAUUCAGUCCUUACCCUAUAUAUCCGUAUCCUGGCUCCAGUCUGCUUUGGGGUUCCAUGAUGAGUAUGACAGUAUUAUGUAUAUUGGGGCAUUACAGAGAGUGGAGUUAGCAUUUCCUGGCUGCUCUGGAUGUCAGAAACCUGAUUUUAAAAGGUAAGCAUUCAGUCAAGAAUGUGUUGAAUGUCUCUCUUAAUUUAUAUGGAAACAUUCUGCGCAUCUCUAAAAUGUAUUUUCAUUGUUUUUGUGUUUUUAAAAUCUAGUUGUAACUUAACACAGCUGAAAGUCAUAUGUUAUUUAUAGUUGUCCACUCUCCAAGCCUUAUUCUCUUCUGUUCUUAAUUCCUUACAUUGUAUUUACAGAAGAAAAUUGUGUUUUAUUUGUCACUACCUGGAACAAGAUGGUACUAAGUUCUAUUCAAUAUCUUUAUCAGUGAUGUGGACAAGUGCACCAUCAGUGAGUUUGCAGACAUCACCAACCUGGGCAUGAGUGUUGAUCUGCUGGAGGAUAGGAAGGCUCUGCAGAGAGAUCUAGACAGGUUGG